GCUGGUCAAAUCGUUCCCCCGCCGGUGGGAGGAGCCGCUCGUGCAGCUUUAUAAAACCGCCUCGAUCCUGUAAACGAAAACACACCCUGAAGACAGACAUCUGCCGACACAAGCCGAGACACCUCCGGAAGACUCCGAGUCCACAGUGAAGCCUCACCUUCCUAACGGUGCUCAGAGAGCGGGCUUCCCGGUGUUGUUGACGCCGCUCGGUCUGUUGUGGUUAAAAAAAAAAGGAGGAGAAAGAAAGAAAAGGAGGAGGGGGGACUCUGUUACCAGCCACUGGAUCCAGACUAUCGCAUCUGCGCCACACACAUCAUCGAAGAGGCUGAAAUCACGUCGCAGCAGUGCUCGUAAAAAAAAAUGCCGUUUUCAGUUAACGGCGUCCUUUGCACGCUCGCGCUGCUAGUCCUGUGGCGGGCGAAUGAGCUCGUGGAAGCGUGCAGCUGCGCCCCGGUGCAUCCGCAACAGGCUUUCUGCAACGCCGAUGUAGGUGAGUACAGCAGCAGCAGGGUAGGGGGGGGACUGUGUCCGUGUUGUUGUUGUUGUUGUUGUUUACCCUGCUCAGGUUGCACCAGGCUGGUUCGGGGCGGUCAGCAGCCCGCUCUGCCCGCAUCUGGUGCUUGCUCCCGGGGUGGCAGAGGCUGUUGGAAGCCGCUGGAGAGCCUGGAGAGGCGGUGUGGAGGAUGUUGCUCUUCAAGGCCAUGGCCUGACAGUUGGCACUCAGACUGCAGACUCACACUGAUCCCUGUCAAUCUAACACACAUCAUCAUCAUUGUGAUUAUAUUCACCCUUUAAAUGCCAAAGUAGGAGCAGAAGAAUAAACAUGUUGUGUAGCAUUUGAACUUCAUUUGAAAGGAGGACCCCAAUCAGUCACCGACGAUGACCUUACUGAACUUUACUGCAAUCAUACUCAAAAAUGACAUUGCAUUUUAUCAAGCGCGCAAUAAUGGAAGUGUACUGUCUGAUCUUCGUGCACCAUGUUUGUGUAGGUCAAUGUCAUACGCAGGACCGGUGAUUUCUCAUCAUGUCUCAGGUUUGCUGCAGAGUAGUGUGUGUUCACCGGGGAAGGUUUCACCCUCAGCAGUUCGAGGAUGAAGCAGCAGCAGCAGCGGCGUCGCCUGGCUUGUGCAGGGCAACGUGGCACAAAAGAGAGACAAGGGGAGAAAGGAGAAGUGAGGAGGACAAGGGAUGGAGGAAUGAAAGGGAGGAGGAGGACAGGGUUAAAUCUCCACCGCAGAAUAUGUCACACUCGCAGCUUUCCUCGUCUCUUUUUUGUCUUGUUUCCAUUCCUGCCCUUUUUCUUCUGUUGAGGGGUGGUGCAGGGAGGAAUUACAGGAAUGCUGCUGGGGUUUUCCCAACUUUUCUCCGAUGUAACACAUGCACACACACUUGCAUAGCUCAAAUAGACAACUGCAGGCCUGCCAAGGAUGGUGCGCUUUUUUUCAUGCACACACAGAAGACAUCUGGUUGUCAGUUCAGGGUGUGUUUCAGAGGAGAAGUCCCGCUCAGAGUCAGAGUAUGUGUGGUAUCUAUCCUUCAGAUUUAAGCCUGCAUUCGUACUCUGGCUCAGUCCGUCUUCCUGCAUAUGUCGUCUUAUUCACACACUUCUUCAUGCUCGGGUGUGCUUGUGGUUUGGAUGUUUAUCUGUGUGAUUUCACAGAGCAAAAUGACCGCUCUAUUUUCAGGUGUGACUCAAUCUUUCGCUGAGCUGGCAGGUCUUGGAAACAGGAUGUCUCAGAGAGAGGUGGGGGGUGUUUGGGUGUGCUUUUUUUUUCUUAAAGAUAGGGUGCGUGUUUAAAGGCAUGCAAACCACUUAAACCAACAAUGGUUUAUGUCAUUGUUUUCCGGUGUUGGUUUCAGGGUGGAUCCGAGGAUGUGACUGGCAGAUCUGAAAACCCCAAUCUGUUGCAGGGACGUAGGGAAGAGAGGAGAAGCAGGACAGAAAUGGACUGUGCUGAAUGGACAGACCGGCGCUGAAUAUCAGAAUAGAAUUGGUUGUCUGGUUUCCAAGAAUGUGCAUGUAGGAAAAAACAAAGUGACAUUGUCAAAAGUUUUGUGGUUGGACAAUUGAUAUUUGUCUUUUUAGCAAAAUGGGAUCCCACUGUUCAUGCAGGCACAAGUACCAGUGUGUGUUUUUGUGUGUCACCCUCUGUUUUCAUGCUAAACCAUGCUCCAGGUCAAACCACAAGCCAUGAAGAUCAAGCAGUGUCAUGCACUCACCACACACACACACACAUAUACUCUUAUAAGAUGUGCGCAGACAAACAUCCUCCUUUCAUAUAAAUCUGUUGCCCACAAGGGGAACUUCCCCGGCAGCCCUGCCCAGUCAGUCUGUCCUGAGGCUGGGCGCCAGCGAAGACCAGAGUCACCCUGCUGCUGUCUGCAGGCAGGAGAGGGCAUGCAACAACACAAACUGACUGCACGAGUCUGUAUUUAUCCGUGUUUUCCUCGUGAAAUGUUCUGAUCAGAAUUCAGAGGGAAGGCUGUCUAAAAACUAAAGUUUGACAGAGAGAUCAGAUUUUAUUUAAUACAUACAUUUAUAUACUUCUAUCAAACUAAUAUGAUCAUCAAAUUACUGAAAAACACCUGAAUACAGUCCGAUAAAUAAUAAAAAUGUCCUCUUGCAGUUUAUCAGUUUCCAAAAACAAUUAAUGUAUCAAAAGAGAUAAAUAAAUAUAUUACUUAAAGUGAAAUAAACAUUUCAGCUCCAAAAAAAUGUGAAUUUUCUGGCCAUAAUUUGUGGUUUCAGGCAUUAAAGGACUAGAGAUCGACCCAUAUAAUAUUUUAGGGUUAAUACUGAUACCAAUUUUUAGUAGUUCAUACGACAAAACCUGUAUUGAUGGUAAAACUGAGAAACUUCCUGCCAAAGUGAGAAUUUUGCCGAAUGCAGAGUAUCGGCCCGAUAACUGGCCAAGGCUCUUUUAUGAAAAAGUUGCAUGAAACAUAAACUCAACUCAACUUUAUUUAUAGAGCACUUUAAGUACAACCAAAGCUGACACAAAGUGCUGUACGUAAUAACAGUAAAACAUAGAACAACAAUAAAAAGUUGUUUUAAAAUAUAAUGAAAAGCAAUAAAACAAAUGCUGUCUCAAAAGUGGGUUUUUAGACGGGUUUUAAAAAAGAAGAACCUUUAAGAAAUUUGAUUUUCUAGUGAUGAACAUGCGCCUGACUCUGAAGUUUUAAUGUUCUUGCUGAUGUUGCCCCUCAUGGUCAGAAUGGUCGACAGAGUUUCUACACUGCUGGGUCUCUUUGUUGUUGGACCACGUUUUGUUUCUUAUUGUAACGAAGAAUCAGAACAGCGAUAGCCUGGGUGUUUUCGUGCAGUCUCUUAAAUUGACAACCCGUUGAAGUGGAUACUCAAGAGUAGUGGCACGUGUGUCCUUCGUUGCUGCGGUAUUUUUUUAAGUGAAGUUCAGCCAAACUUUCAGUCACUGCAGCCCACCGUUGUCUUUUCGUACAACUGUUGACGUAACAUCCCAUCACAAGUAUAGUUACAUCAACACAGCAGGUACUCGCAGAUAAGUUUAAUUCUCAGCCAAGUUUAACCUUGAAAUAUUUUGUUGCUUUUUUUAAUCUAUACAUUUUUUAAAUCUGGGACUGAUUUUUGACACUCAAGGCUACUAUUAGGACCAAAAGUGUUUUUUGUACAAAGCUGUUGGCUUAUUUAUCUCUACGCUAAAAAUUGACAUUUUAACAUGGGUGUAAAUGGGAGUUUUUAGGCUUUUGGAGCUUGCCUCAAGUGGACACUCAAGGAACUGCAGUUUUUAGUAAUUCUACAUUGUCGAAUUUGUAACGUGGGCACUUAUUGCUUGACUGAACUUGAGCUUGCACUUAAAAAAAGGAGUGUAUCAGUUUGUGUUCGAAUCUUGUUUGCUGCACUAAUUGGCUGAAAAAUCUUUUUUUUUUGCCGCUGUUUGUAUUUUACUCAAAACCCACUGGUGAAAUAAUUAAAUUAGUAAAAUAAUUCUGACUGCAUAGGAGCCAAAAAUGCCAUUUUUUAGUUUUGCCACUUCUGUUUUUUCUUACCCUGUCACAAUAUAAUGAAGAGAUCACUUUUCUUGGUAAAACAAGCCGUCUCAUCUUGCAGUUUUGAUAUAAUCUGACAUUUUCCUAAAGUGUUUGGCUCCAAAUAGCUUAUUGAGAAUUGAAAACCUUCCCAGCUGCAUAAUAAAAAACACCUGGAUUAAGAAAAUAAAGGAACACAUGUUCUCUAAAACUUAGUAUGUUUUCUUGAUGAUUAGUGAGACUUUUCUCUUGAACCUUCAAAGUCAUUCCCACCUGUGCUGACAGUAGUGCAGCUCAUCGUAGAGACCUCACAAAAGAAACCAGGGCUCACAGAUGUUCAGAGGUCAUGCGGACAGCUGGAUUGUAUUUGAGGGCUGUCUGUCUUGAGUCAAAUGAUGGGUUAAACAGAAGGCCCACAUACAUCUGGAGCAAACAGACCACAUCAGGGGGAGUCUGGGAUGAUCUGGUGGUCUCUGGAGUUUGAAAAAAGAAACAGUCAUGUGAUAGAUUGAAGGGGGGCACUGUGUGUGUGCUCCUCCGAUGGGGUCUGGGCAUGGAAAAGAUUGCGUAGUGCUACUGAUACACAUGUAUAAGUCAUUAGACGUCGUCCUGGUUGGGAGAAGGGGAGCAGCCGAAAUGUGGGUCAGCUGGUGGUUUAUAGGGGGGUGGGCUCCUGCUGGUGAUCCAGUGACUUCUAGAUCAAUCUGCGGUGAGACUUGGCCGCCUGCAGACCCCCCGUUGUUGCACUGUUUUUGUACCAGAUUGUGCAGUUUGCAGGCUCUGCAGCACGCUGCUCAGACCGCUCAGGACUAUCCGCUCUGGCUUCAUUGCUGCAGAAGUAAACAAGUCUGCAAUAACGGAGGUGAAGCUGCCGUAAUAACAAUGUGUUGUGAAUAACAGAAUAAUUUCCCCUCAGUAUUAUGUCCUGCUGCUGUUUCUUUGCUCAUUAGUUUGGGGCUCAGAAUGAGGUCAGGAAAUGAGAGCGGAAAAACUGUGAGGAAUGUACCAAAGAGUGCCAGCCAGGUAUACUACUGUGUGUGUGUUUAUGUGUGUAUUCUGGCUGCUGCCGCAUGUUUGCAUAAACACCAGUGUGGAAAUAAAAUGCAGAAGUUUGCUUGUGAUGAACUGGGAUUGGUUUCUCUCAAGCUUUGGUUUGAGCUCUUACUCCGAUACAGCCGUUUAUCUGUGUUGAUUCCAGCUUCAUUUUGUUUUCACCACAAAUUAGAUUAAAGAAUUUGUUCAUUUCUGACCAAUCAUGAGUCCUAAUGUAGGUCUUUGUGAACCACCUAUGGUCUGAUUGGACCAAGCUUUAUGUUGCUUCCCAUAGAGAUGGUCUGUGUAACAGUCCAACUGUUAGUAUUGACGCAACAUGAUGCAACUAUCAAAAGUGCGACAUAAUCGGGUAAAGAGAGAAGUGGUAUAUUGAUCUUAGACAACUGUCGCAAGUGGUUGUGGUCUCUCGAUUGCAAUUCUUCUGUCUCUACAUUUAUACUCCCAGAAGUGAUCUGUGUUUUUGUGUGCUGUAUAGGAAGAAUAUCAAUACAACAAUGUUUGGUAUCCCAACAUGACUGAACAAGGAUGUUCUAAUUAAAGUAAUUACUAGUACAGACCCAAAUUAUUAACCUUUAGGGGGCUUUACCUGGUUUGUUGGAUUUUUUUAAUGUUACAUAAAACGAUUGUCUUGUAAUUCACCAAAUCAAUGUAUUGUGAUAUUGUCCUUAUUUUAAGUGUAUUACUGGGUGUUGUAUGGGGAUCAUAUCGAAACGUUGUGAAUUGAAGGGUGUGGGCGCUGCCACCACUGCCAGUUAGGGCUGGGCGAUAAAACGAUAAUGAUAUAUAUCGAAAAUUAAUUUCCCUCAAUAUCAGUAUGAAACAUGGUCAAUAUCCUCCAUGUUUUGGUAGACUAUACGAAUAGCCAAAGAAAAGGGGAGUCGCUCCAGGUCCGCUUUACGCUGAACCAAUCAUGUGCUGAAUUAGAACCAAGUAGCAAACAACUGCGUAGUAGCAGGCUGCAGAUACACGCAACGUGAAGCCGACAGCACUGUCAGUAAGAAAAAAAGAAAAUGAGUUCUACUCCUGACAGAAAUGCAGAUGAAGGCUCAGCAGAUGACAAUAUCGUCGACAACACUUGCACGAAAACGUUGUUGAUGUGGAGGUAUUUUAGUUUUUAAGGUCGGACAUGAAGCAGAGUAAUGUGAACCGCAAAUUAUGUCGAGUACAUGUUCUCGCAAAGUUGGGGAAUACCUCAAAUCUUUUUCACCACCUGGAGCAGUGUCACGUGGGAGAGUACGCGCAAAACAAAAGGUUACAUCCCCAAGUGGAGCAAGGAGCCCAUGGCGCCUGUGCAGCUGAAACAGGCGACCAUUCAGUCCGCUUUCUCUGGUGCAACGCUUUACGACAAAACAACAAAGACACAAAGACCUCACAGACGCAGUAUCUUAUUGUAUUGCAAAAGACAUGCUACCAAUAAAUACUGUUAAAUUCUAUUUUUUAUACCGUGAUAUAUAUCGAUAUCCACUGAUAUGAAAUAAAUAUACUGUGAUAAACUUUUUCCCAUAUCGCCCAGCCCUACUGCGAGUGUUGGACACAGGCCCUUAAACCCUUAUCUUAUUAUAUUAUCAUAUUAUCAUAUCUAGUCACUGUGAAUUACCAAAAGCUUCUUUGUCUUGCAGUUUAGUUCAUUAAACACAAUUUACAUAUAAUUAGCAUCAGUUAAGAAGUCGUCAGUAUGAUAUUGUUUCUCGUAGAUUGUCUGCUUUUGUAGCUCCUUUUAAAGAGUUCAGUAUUUCCUUCAGUUUAGUUCCCAGACGAGCUAAACCUCCUUAUAGAAGCUUUAAUCUGAAAGCCGAACAAUUCCUGCACACUUGAAGUUUUUACUUUUAAAGUAUUACCGUAUUUAUGCAUAUUUUGUUACUUGUAAUAACUAAUACAUGAGCAAAGUAGUAUGUUAUAAACACUGCAGCUUUAACAGGAGGUGUGCACUAUUGAACACUUUCAAUCUCACCAUUAAUUACUAGUUGGUUAAACAGAUUAUUUUAUUAAAGAAGGCCUGAAAUGUGGGUCAUGUGUGGUUUGGCACAAACUGAUUAAAAAAAGUUAUGUAAUGGCCACUGGUCAGAUUAUAUACAUAAAUAUCAUGAUAGAUAAUCAAUCAUUUCAGACAUUUAUCAAACACAAACCUUCAUGGCCUAAAGUUUCAUCAUUGGAGAAUGAUUUGGCGGGAUAUGGAGAUGUCACCUUUGGCUUUGAGUAAAUUUGAUAAUUCACUCCUGACACUUUACAGCCUGCUUAAAUAAUCUACAAUAAAAAUGAUUGCCAGUUCACAUCAUGCUGUAAUGACAUGUUGAGAAAAGCAUGCGUGUAGGGCCAGAGGGGGAAAUGAAAAAUGGGGAAAGGAGGGAGACGCUGUUAACUCUGAACCCCCAUAUUUGUGUCUGCUCCAAGCCGUAAACUGAACCCAGGGGUGUGAGAGCCACAGCAGUCUACUGUGUGCGUGUUUAUCUAUGUGUAUGUGUCCUCUGUUCCUGCUUAUUUUAUGUUCUUUUUUUCUCUAUUGCUCAUAUUUUCCAUUCUGAAUAAAUGCCUCAAGCAUAGCUAAAGCCUGAUGUCGUCAGUCAGGCUGUUAAAACGCACAACACAGACACACACAAAAGGAACAUGCCUCUGGCUUACGCUUUCUUUUUACAUCAGCUUCCAAUUUGUUCUCUUAUUACCCAAACCUGGUCCUGUGUUGGUCACCUGAACAGGUCUGAAGGCAGUUCACUUACGAGGCACAGUUUCAGACACGAUUGUAACCCUGAAUUUGGUUUUCAAUUACUUUAAAGCUCAAACUGGGUUUGUGCCACUGAGGUAUGUAUUUGUUGAGUUGUGUCGUUGUCUGUACUGAUUCUUAGUUUAUGACUCUAAAUGACCUCCUUUAUCUUUUAUUUUUGCAAUGAACUCAUCAUGUAACUCUGCAGGCGAGAGAAGCCGGUGUUGAUUUUAGCUUUACUCAUGAUCAGGUUGUCAUGAAAAAGCAAAACUCCUGUACUUUACACUGAAUAACGAUAAAUCUGACCAAACAUCAUUUAGGGCCUGUGUCCACUAACAGCAUAUUUUUGAGCAUAUUCUUCUAACUGUAAAGAACACCAUGUUUUGUCUGAUUUUAGCUUUACUCAUGACCAGGUUGUCAUUGAAAAGCAAAACUCUUGUACUGUACGCAGCUAAAUAAUGAUAAAUCUGACCAAACAUCAGUUAGGGCCCGUGUCCACUAACAGCAUUUCUUUCUUGUGUACCAUUCUUUUCACUGUAAAGACCACCAAGUCUCAUCUAAUUUUAGCUUUACUCAGGAUCAGGUUGUCAUGGGAAAGCAAAACUCUUGUACUUUAUGCAGCUACAUAAUGACAAAUGUGACCAAACAUCAGUUAGGGCCUGUGUCUACUAACAGCAAAUUUUUUUGAAUAUCAUUCUCUCUCUGUAAAGAACACCAUAUCGUGUCUGAUGUUACUUUUACUCAUGAUCAGGUUGUCAUGGAGAAGCAGACCUCUUGUACUUUAUGCAGCUAGAUAAUGAUAAAUCUGACUAAAUAUAAAUUAGGGCCUGUGUCCACUCCCAGCAUUCUUUUUUGUGCAUAUCAUUCUUGUCAGUAUAAAGACCAAUAUGUCAUGUCUGAUUUUAGCUUAACUCACGAUGAGGUUGUCAUGGAAAAGCAAAACUCUUGUACUUUACACUGCUAAAUAAUGGUAAAUCUGACCAAACAUCAGUUAGGGCCUGUGUCCACUUACAGCAUGUUUUAAUGGGUAUCAUUUUUUUUCACUGUAAGGACCACCAUGUCUCGCUUUUUCUGGAUAUUGGAGCUUACAUUGUUGUUUUAUAAAGACAACACUUACAGAUAGAAAUAUCAGGUUUAGAGUUGCAAGAAAUGACAGGACAGGAUUCCUUUCCAUUUUUAUUUUUCACUUUAUUUGUUUGUUUUGUAAAGCAGAUGUCUCGUUGUGGUUUUUUAGGGAACUGAUGGGAACACUCAUGCCCUGAGAAAACGUUCGUGACAUACCGCCAGUAAGCACUGAUAGGAAACAUUGUGAAACAAUGUGGACGGUGUUGUAACAAAAGUUGCCCUGGGUGGACACAGGCCCUUAGGCUGCCACAGAACUGCCCUGGUGAUGGUUGCUAUAGAAACAGAAUGUCCCACUGUAAAGCUUACUGAUGUUGGGAUAGUAUGUAAGGUUGUGAUUCAAAUCAGAUCUCAUGUUUACAAAAGUUGUGAUCCAGACGUGUAACAGUUCUCACGGCUCUCUGAUGGAGGAAGCUGAAUGAUGACAUUGUUUCCUCUUUUUUGGCAAUCCUCCACUUCUGCUUCUUGUUAUUUAUUGGCUGACAUACAGAGGGCCCAUAUAACUUCACUGAUGUAAUCUACAAACUCUUAGCCCAUUAGGUUUUAUGUUUACCAAAGAAACUCUUACACAGAUAUCUGGUUUCGUGCAGCAGGAGGCCCUUCCUGCAAAGUUUCACCGCACAUGUUUUCCUUUGCAUCGACUUUGAUGUGAUCUGAUGCCAUGUUUGUCUUUUUCUCCCAACAGUGAUUCGGGCAAAGGUGGUUGGCGAGAGAGAGGUGGAUUCUGGGAAUGACAUCUACGGGAACCCCAUCAAGAGGAUCCAGUAUGAGGUCAAACAGAUCAAGGUAGGGGUCGCCGUUUCUAAACGAAGAUCUGGAGCACAAAUCAAGAGUCUGAUGAGAUUUUGCCUUUUUUCUAAUCUGACCUUUGUCCCUCCUGUUGGGGUUUUAUUCCAGAUGUUCAAGGGGCCAAACCAGGACAUCGAGGCUGUGUUUACAGCUCCUGUGUCCGCUGUCUGUGGUGUUACCCUGGAUGCCAGUGGCAAGAAGGAGUACUUGAUUUCAGGUUAGUUUGAAACUUUAGUGGCAGCAGAUGACCAGAAGUUGGCGAGCUUUGCUUCACAGUAAAAACACACAGGUUGUUAUUUGAACAUGACUUUGAUACUCAGUAUGUUUACAUGUUCGAUAUCAUGGAUGGGAUUAAUUUUUUUACAGUGUAUGGUUUAUAUUAAUAUGCUAAGAGUUGAAAGUGCAAACACAUUAGUCCAACUAAAUUGGAACUAAAUUUGAACUUUUCAUAGUCGGACUUACACUCCUCGAUAUCAUGGAUGGGAUUAAUUUUUUUACAGUGUAUGGUUUAUAUUAAUAUGCUAAGAGUUGAAAGUGACAGUAAAAUUUAAAAAGAGGGUAAAUAGACAGACGGACAGACAUCAGACAGUCUGAUAUGGACCUUUGGGUGUAAACUCCCAGGCAGAUAUUGGAUGACGACUAAAGCCCAUUCACUGAGCUGGAGGUUUACUGUUUGUGUUAUUACGGGUAAUGAUACGCUGCAGAUUAAACCCUGUGGAGCCUGAGAGUCACCUUGUCUGUUGUGGUCCAGCUUAAGCUCCUAAGAGCUGUAAAUUUUCAAACUCCAUAGUUCUUAGCUGAAGGUGAGAUGACGAUGAAACGGAAACGAAAUAUUUCACUGUAAAAAGGAUGUUUUCUAAAAUUGGUUAAAAAAACGUCGCUGAUGUGAACGCUUGUAUUGACAGGGUUCGAAAAAAAUAUUGAUGUUUGAAAUAUUCGCACGUGUACUGUAACACGACGCAAAGUAACAGCAAAAUAAUUGGUCGUGCAACAUUAUGCACUUUGUGUGACAUUACAGUCUUUUAUCAGUUAUUUUUUAAUCUUAUUUUCGCAACGAGUUAGACGCAAAGCCUAGCGUUAUGGAAAUGAACCUGUUUUUCACAGACUGAAAUGAUGAGAUUUAUACUCUCAUUUCUUUUUCUAAUAAAGAAGCAAAAAAACAGGAAGCAGCAGCUGAGAUUAGCUUAGAUAUGCUAAGUUUUGUAAUAACUAGAAAUAGAGAAACAAGGGAACCAGUCAGCUCAGUCCUGUAUGAAUUUUAAAAAACUCAGAUUAUCAUUUUGACUCUGAGCUGUAGAGAUGCAGUCAGGACGAUAGCCAGGCUACUAAAGUGAAAAAGCACAUUUCCUGAAAUGUUCCUUUAGUUUCUAUACGCUGAAUCUGACUGGUAUAGUGAUUUAAAGCAAAAAGCCAGUGAGCAGCAGGAUGAAAUAUAGUAAAAUCGAGAGGAGACAGAGAAACAUGAUGUCAUACAUGCUCUGGUUUCCCCAUCGCAGACAGAGAUGCACCCGCAAACACUCGCCCUAAUUACAUAGAGUUGUAAGAGAGAGGAACUGCUGAAGCCAGCGCUUUUCUCUCUCUGACUCUUUUUUUUUUUUUUGAAGAUGUAGGACUCAAACAGUGGGAAGGACAGUUAACUUUCUGCUGACUGGGGAAACUUCUGACAUGAUUCAUCCUCUUUGCAGUUUGAGGGGUUAACAGUUCGACGAGUUACAGUGAGGCGUGAGUCAGUGGCGUCUGCGAGGACAGGCUGUAAAAAGACUUCGACAUGUCGAGAGCUGCAGGGGUGAACAGAGGAGGACGCGGCACAUCUGUAAACUCGACCUGAAGUAUUUUCUUGUUUUGACUGGUGACACUCGAGCGUAAAACAUAAACUCUCAAGGACAGGUGGUUCAUGUUGACGUAGGAGAAAAAAUAAAUCAACUUCUUCCUGUAAAUCUGUGAUCUGACACUUUGACGAACGUUUCAGGAGCUGAUUGUUUGUGUUUGCUUGAAUUUUCUGUCACAUGUCCACAAUUUUAAAGCUUUUUUAAUCUUUCACAGGCAAAGCGGACACCGGCGGGAGCAUGCACGUCACGCUGUGUGACUACAUUAUGCCCUGGGACUCCUUGAGCAACACCCAGAAGAAGGGUCUCAGCCAGCGCUACCAGAUGGGCUGCGAAUGCAAGGUAAGGCAGCAGAGGACCGAGUCUGUGUGCGAGUGUCUUCUCCUCCUGGAGAACAAAGUCCGACUUAACCGACCAAACGAGACGAGAGAAGCGCCACAACAACAGCUGCAACAACAAACAUCAGAGCGAAGACUGAGCAGACUUUGAUGAUUUUUUCUUCAGAAAGGAGCCUAUUGUCCCGAAUUUCAGUUUCUCACAUGAAAGGAUUGAUUUUUUUUUUCCUGCUUUUUAUCUUCAAUUGCCGCUCUUUUAGGAGUUUCUUUGCUUUUUCUUUUGUUAGGAUUAAAAACACAAUUUAUCGACCUGAAUAGAAGAACUGGCAGGCAUGUAUUGUUAUCUUUAGUUUGAGCCGAGCUUGCUGUUUUCCUGUUUUUGGGGCUACAUUGAAGUGACUCAAUCUCAGCUGCAGCUUUAUAAGAGCUGUUUCAGUUUAAGCUUAACUUUUGACAAAAAAAUGAAUUUGCAUACAUUUAAAAAAAAAUAUUGAACCAUAUUGACUAGGGCCAGACCCAUAUCGAUUUUUUGGGGUCGAUGCCGAUACCGAUUAUUAGGGGUAGGGGACUCUGAUUAUCGAUUAACUGGCCAAUUUUAAAAUCAUUUUAUGAAGUUACAGAAUAUAUAUAUAUACUGUAGAUACCUACUACUUCUCUUCACGCUAACCGGAAGACCGACUGAUCAAACUCGACAUGCAGCUGCCUCAGUAAGAGAAGUAGCUCGAUCACUAAUGUGUACUGUUGUUUAUUCUACCAUUACUGGCACGGCUAACAGUGUAGCAAGGCUAAUAGCAGAUGGCUAACUCUAACUUUAGCUUACAUAUUACAUGGUGCUUCACCGUUAACUCAGCGUGACUGAGACCAGCACAGCGGGGAACAUGGUGAAGUGGGUUGAACUGAAGCUUGUUGACUUAUUGUGUUUUUCACAAACUGGUUUAUUUACCGCUGAGGCGGACCACUCUCCUCUGUGCGUCCCUGAGCUGCCUGCUUCAGAUCCGUCACUCUGCUGUCCUGUGAGGUAGUUAGUGGAUGAAAAUUGUCAUGAGGUCGCUGCGCCAUCUACAGGAUAAGUCGGGGGACUUUUCAAAUGGCAGAACAUUUUCAAAGUGAAACCGAAUCUUAUUCUCUGCAUUUUAUUUCUGAAAAUAUCGGCGAAAAUCGUCGAGUUUUGGCCGAUUACCAAUUAGUCUCAAACGGGCUAAAAUUGACCGAUUUAAUCGUCUCGCUGAUAAAUCGGUCGGGCCCUAAUAUUGACCCUAAUAUGCAAUUUUUUUUUAAAUGCAUUCAGUUAACUUGUACUGCAGCCAGUGACCAGUGGGAAAUCUAAAUGUAUUGGCUUCAGAAUAUACACAGAGUAAAGGUCCUUACACACCGGGACCGAUGCAAAUAUACGACGGGAAAUUACAAAACACGUAAACAAUCAGCCGGUAGGCCAUGUACGAUAUACCAAUGAAUCAGACGUCGCAACCACAUGAAAUCUGAUUGGUCAGAAGUGGACACACAGUAUGUGAAACUUUAGAAAAUUUGACCGUGAUAUGAAAAAAUAAAUGCCGCAGUAUCGCAGGACGGGAAAACGUCGCUGAUGUGAAUGCUUGUAUUGACAGGAUACGGGUUUGAAAAAAAAUAUUGAUGUCCGAAAUAAUCGCACAAAAAAAACGCUCUCAGUGUGAAAGGACCUUAAGUAAGUAUUUUGUGUGUCUCUGCAGAUUGUGCGCUGUACCAUGUUGCCCUGCGAGAUCUCAGCUCCUGAGGAGUGUCUGUGGACGGACCUGAUGAUCGAGAAGCAGGUGCACGGACGACAGGCCAACCACUACGCCUGCGUCAAGAGGGUAGAUGGCUCCUGCUCCUGGUACCGUGGCGUGGCUCCACCCAAGAAGGACUUCCUGGACACAGAGGACCCUUAGUCGAGUGACACGCCAAAUAAAUGUAAAAGAUUCCAUUGAAAUUUAAGACAACAACAUCAGGCAAAGUGAUUUUUGAGAUAAAUCUUUAAAAAAAAGGAAAGUUGACGUGACUGAAAUUACCAGCUGGUCUGAAAACAAUCUUUGGCCUCUCUCUGUAUUUGUUGUCCGUAAAGCCAGAACAGUUAAAUAUAAGGCUGCUUUAAGCUCAUUAUUGCUAAAGUCACUGACUCAGAAGAGGCUCAGAGGUUGUUUUCGGACACAGUGCCUGUAAAAACAUCUAAAAUAGCAUCAUGAGACAUAGACUGGUCGAGUGAUGUUGUCACUUCCUCCUGAGGCUGGCGUCAGGGGGACAUAAAUCCUAAGAUGAGACAGAGCACUUCCUGCCCCCGUAAAGCUCUUUCUUUAAAGCUCUGCUCUCCAAAUCUACCAAUCAAUCCCAGAUCUAUUGACGAUCAUUGUUACCCAUCCUGUUUCUACUUUUAUUACCUCAUUCUCCUUUUUACUCCAAAGCCAAAUUCCAAGUUGCCUUUUUUUGAAUGAUUGUCUUGCUCUUUCUCGACUCUAUUAUUUACCGCUUCUCUCUCGUCUUCUCAGCUGGGAGCCAUUCGGCCACAGGUGAUGUCAGACACCCACAACAUGCUUAGCUCUUUUCUUUAAAAAGCACAUGAGUCAUCUUGCAUAGCUGAUCUUUUUUUCAUCAGGUGAAAAUGUUUUGUUUUUAACCAAAGCGUGUGACCUCCACAGGCCUCGCUGGACCAGUCUAUGCUGUGUAAAGAUGAGUGCUCUAAAUUUAAACCUGCUCUUAACGACACAAAUAAGUCAGAAAUAUCCCAAAUUUCUCAGUCUUCUUCAUCUCAUCUUCAUCCCUGUCCCCCCGUUGUCCCUACUAUGUAGCUGUACAGUUCCUAUGCAUAUAUACUUUUGUUGUUACUUGAUUAUUUACUGCAUUAGAACUAGAUUUGCACUUUUUGAGGAUGAGUUCCAGUAAAGACAAGAGCCUAAAAAACUCUGAUGUUCGCCCAGACCGAGAGAUCUGCCUCAGGUGCAGAUUUUGCCUAUUUUUAGUACUUUUGGUGAUCCAUAUUCACAAGCUCAAUCUCGCUGUUUUUGUCAUAAGAGAUAAACGGUUCCUGCAGUGAGUGGAAAUAAAGGGCGCACCGCCCAGAGUCCAGGAUACAAGAGAUCUUUUAGCAGAUCUUACAUGUGUGAAAGGGAAACUAACAGAGCUUGUGGGAUGUUGUUUUUUUUUUGUUUUUUUUUUCAGUGUCUUUGUAUUUUCUGUGAACUGUAAAUGCCAAAAGCAGUUUCAUGAUUUGCUGUUAUAUUCUUACAGUUUAUUUCAUAAGUAAUUAGGUCUUUAAAUGCUUAAUAUUAGCUUUGACUUGUCUCCUGCUCCUUCCUGUUAUUAAUAAAAGCUUUAUUGCUGUCAUAGAAAGCAAGUUACUCAAUCAAAGUUUACAGUGCUGUUUUAUACACCUCAAGCUACAUUAACUACAAAUCUAUAUAUGAUGGAGUAUUAGAGGCAUAAUUUAAAAGUAAACUCUUUCAGUUUUUCAUAACUAUGUUUUUUUUUCAGUGUUAUUAUUAUACCUGUCAUGGUUUUUGUGUGUUUUUCGCUGUUUUUUUUUUUUUGUCUAAGAUGUAUUUAGCUGUCGUGUAAAGUUGAGAAGGUCCUCUUGCGCUGGGGUAACGUGAGAGUGAGAGAGAUAAGUCCUUUUUGGAGAGGUGUAGAGAAAUGAGAAUGGGUACUUUGUGUGAAUAGAGGACUGUGCAUGUGUUGAUGCUUUUGUGUAAGUCCAGGCAAAGGACAAAAUAUCCAGUAUUAUCAAAUAAAAACAUGUUUGAAAGGACUAACGCA